UUGUCUCUGUUCUUACUCCUUUAAGAGUGUUGAUCGAUGGAAUUGCCAUCACAAAGCACAAGUGUGGUAAAGGAAACGUGUUCUAAGAUGUCAGAAGGAAUCUACGAAUUUGAAGGGAAUGUACUAAGCACAAAUAUUGAUUGCCCAUUAUAUGGCAAUGUAGGAGCUGACAAGCCCAAACCAGGUGGAGUCGUCAUUCAACAUUCAGCAUAUUCAAAGUGGUGGAAAAGACCUUCUGGAGUUGCUGCAGUGUGUCUGGGACUGCUGUGUGUUCUGCUUCUGGCUGAGAUCAUAGGACUGUCUGUCUACUAUGGCAUCAUUGGCUGUCAAUACUUCAUAAAAAGAGACAAUCUACAGACUAGUUACAACAACCUGACAAAAGAGAGAGACCAGCUACAUACUAGUUACAACAACCUGACAAAAGAGACCGACCAGCUACAGACUAGAUACAAAACCCUGAGUGAAGAGAGAGACCAGCUACAGACUAGUUACAACAACCUGACAAAAGAAAGAGACCAGCUACAGAAUAGUUACAACAACCUGACAAAAGAGAGAGACCAGAUACAUACGAGUUACAACAACCUGACCAAAGAGAGAGACCAGCUACAUACUAGUUACAACAACCUGACAAAAGAGAAAGACGAGCUACAGACUAGAUGCAAACCCCUGAGUGAAGAGAGAGACCAGCUACAGACUAGUAACAACAACCUGACAAAAGAGAGAGACGGAAACUCCCAGAUGUUAUCAGUGAAAUAUCCAUAUGAACUGAAAGAGUUUGGUAACAGCAGCUAUUUCAUCUCCACGACGAAAAAUAACUGGGAUAAUGCAACCCAGGACUGUCGGAAUAGAGGGACCAAGCUAGUCAUCAUAAACAACCUAGAGGAACAGAAAUUCCUCAUUUCAUUAAACAUAAAUACUUGGAUCGGUCUGUCUGACAUAGAGACUGAGGGGACCUGGAGAUGGGUGGAUGGCACACCUCUGACUACAGCGUACUGGGGACCACAACAGCCUGAUAAUAGUGGUGACCCCGAAGUAGAGGAGGACUGUGUUGAGAUUGUGAAUUGGAAUAGAGAUCCUGUAAAGAUGUGGAAUGACAUGAAAUGUAACACUGAACGUAACUGGAUUUGUGAAGCAGUCAAAGAUUAACAAUACCUUGUUAUAUACAGUACAAUAAUAGGUCAGAAGACAUAAGAAUAAUGGAAUUACAGUUUUUAAUACCAAUACAAAUGAAUAAGUUUCUUCCUCUGUCACAUUAAGUGACAAUUCUAUGUUUCUGAAAACAAUAAUGAAUAGGAACUUGUCAUACCCUCACAACUAGCCACCAUGGGGUUUCACUUAAUGGAGAUGAUCAGUUGGCCAUAUUUCUUAGCAUAUAAAUAUUUGUCUUCUUACUUUCAUCAUAUGACACAUAUGCUGAGCUCCAUCAGGCUUCAAACAGAGGUCAUGAAUACAGACUCGUAGAAAUCACUUUACCUAUUGCUUCUUUUUCACUGAAGUGUGAAACUUUAUUCGGAAGGAAACUGGCAGUCAUCUUGAUUUAAAGGGAAUUUCACCUACUUUUAAGAAAAACUUCUGAUCUCAGUAGAUUCAGUUUUCACACAGUGUAGUUUUCACCCGUCUCCCUUUACAGAAUCACACACACACACAUUAUAUCUCAGUAUCUGUGGUCUAUAUGGAACUCUAGAUCUGUGUUCCAAACCACAGGACAAGAGAAAGCAUCACACAGACAUUCAGACUCAGGGACUGAGUCAAAGGGCGCCCUCCGGUGGACUUAGUGUUAAAUUCAAUGUUGAACUUGAUGGGAAAGUGUACGUAUCUCUACGCAAACAAGCCUCUGAUACUAACCAUCUCAUCUGUUACAAACCUGUAUUAUUAAUUCCAUGACCCCUGAAGAAAAACAUUUUGAUCCCCAAUUCAUAAGAUAAAUGAUAUUUGUGUAACACAGCUUUCGACAAAGAGAACCUGAAGUUUUAAUCAUCGCAUCAGAGUUAUCCUGUAAUUUACAUGAUAAUGUUUACCGCUUUCCUCUUAGUAGUAGAGUACGUUGUAAAUUGAUACAAAGAAAGCACAUUAAUUAAAGUAACAAUAUUUACAGAAGAAGCGAAUGGUUUGUCUGCUAUGUGACAGUGUGGGAGGGAUGGUUGCGGGUUAGUAGUUUCCUGGGUCUGAGAUCUUUAGACUAGUGCAUCUCUGUCUGCAGACCCUUAGACAUGGCCUGUAACUCUGUUGAUGACAUGUAUGAAGGCUGCACUGAGAAAAUGUACAACAAAGUGAAGAAGCAAUAUCUUCCAGAUGCAAAGACCAGUGAGUCCAUUGUGUAAAUAAAGCAAAGGGAAGAUAAAAAAAGAACAAGUGUUCUUCCACGUGAUCAUAUCCAGGCUAUUUGAGCUUAUUCUGCAAUACAUUGCAGUUCAAUUAUUAAUACAUUUGAUAAUACAAUAUUUGCCCUUGUAAGCAUUGUUGGGCUACGCCGCCAUUAAAAGACAGUAAGCUACGCGACUCCACGUUUCCUGCUCCUAAUUUCUUC